AUGAUUGUAGCUCAGGUUGCGGAUGUUGGUGUUGGUGAGUUCUCCAAGCUGGAAGUGUUGUUCGCAGACGUUUCGCAACCAAGCACUGAUGACGUACUUAGCUUGGCUACGGAACGUCUGCGAGCAACACUUCCAGCUUGGAAAAUUGUGCUGAUCCAGACUUCCGUGACCGCAAUCCAUGCACGACUAGGUACAGUUUCAUGUCAUCCAAUCACCGUUUUGGAAGCUCGACCAAUGGUACACUGGGUGAACGUGACAUCCGAGUUAGAACAUAUGAUGCGUCGGCGCAAACGGUUACGUAAUUGGACGACGGCCCUUCAACCAAUCAUGUGA